ACCAUAUUAUAUAUUUAUACAAACAGUAACGAUGUCAUCAUUCACACUACAUAGAAGAAAUUACUGUGAAUACUACAUUCCUAAGCCAUUACUGUAUCUGCAUGAUGAGUACACCAUCCGUUCGACGCAUUUCAGAAUGCUUCGUGAAGCCACAUCGUCCAAUCCAAGAAUCCAAUCAAAUAUGUCAAUUAACACCUUGGGAUAUGAUUCUCUUGUCUCAUCACUAUAUCCAGAAGGGUUUACUCUACAAGAAGCCUUCAACACUUGGCGAUCAACAUGAUUUCAUAGAGAAUCUGCUGAACAAGCUCAAGACCUCUCUCUCACACACUCUCUCUCUUUUCUAUCCAUUGUCUGGCCGCCUUGUCACCCACAAAACACAAGACCCUCCCUCUUAUGCCCUUUUUGUUGAUUGCAACAAUAGUGAUGGAGCAAGAUUCAUCCAUGCAACCCUGGACAUGACUGUAUCUGAUAUACUCUCUCCCAUUGAUGUUCCACCCAUUGUUCACUCAUUCUUUGAUCACCACAAAGCAGUGAACCAUGAUGGCCACACCAUGCCGCUGUUGUCCAUCCAAGUCACUGAACUAGUGGAUGGUGUUUUCGUAGGUUGUUCCAUGAACCACACUGUUGGUGAUGGCACUUCUUAUUGGAAUUUCUUCAGCACAUGGUCUCACAUCUUUCAAGCUCAAUCCCUAGGACAUGAACAUGAUGUUCCCAUUUCGCACCCUCCUAUACACGACCGUUGGUUUCCAAAUGACUGUGGUCGAUCAGUCAAUCUUCCUUACAAACACCAUGACGAGUUUAUAAGCAACUUUGAAACACCCUUGGUGAGGGAGAGAAUCUUCCACUUUUCAGCAGAGUCUAUAGCGAAACUGAAAGCAAAGGCGAACUCAGAGUCGAACAGCACGAAAAUCUCUUCAUUCCAGUCACUAUCAGCACUUGUAUGGAGAUCCAUAACUCGUGCGCGCUCCAUGCCGUACGAUGGAAGAACAAGUUGCAAGAUGGCCAUAAACAAUCGAGCGAGAAUGGAACCGCGUAUGGCGGAGGAGUACUUUGGGAACUUAGUUCAAGUAGUGGGCGCAGAAACGACAGCAAGAGAAUUGCUUGAGAAUGAUCUAGGAUGGGCAGCGUGGCAGUUACACGUGGCAGUUGCCAACCACAACGAGAAAGUGGUGAUGCAAUCGCUGAAAGGAUGGCUAGAGCGUCCUUUUAUACCUCAAUUUGGUAAGUUGUACGAUCCGUACAGUGUGCUGAUGGGUUGCUCGCCGAGGUUCAACAUGUAUGGGAAUGAAUUUGGAAUGGGUAAAGGAAUAGCAGUCAGAAGUGGCUAUGCCAAUAAAUUUGAUGGAAAAGUGAGUUCAUAUCCAGGUCAAGAGGGAGGGGGAAGCAUUGAUUUGGAACUGUGCCUUCUACCACAUGUAAUGACUGCUCUCGAAUCGGACAAGGACUUUAUGACUGCAGUUUCGGUGCCAAUAAAUUUGAUGGAAAAGUGAGUUCAUAUUAAUAAAGUAUUAGGUAACAUUGCUUUAUUUGUAUGUUUUGUAUCCUGUUGUAAGCUGAAUGACUUUGUCACGUGAGCAUAUUAGUUACGAGUGUGGCUUCCUUUGUAAGCUUUGUUUGUCUAUAUAAUUCACUCUCUGUCAUUUUUAGAGAGUGAUAGAAAAUAAUAAAAGAACAGAAUUCAUUUUA